AUGUGGAAAGUAAAUGGUGAACUACCUAUUGGAAAGAUUUCAAUAGAAGAAAGUCGAUGGAGAUCAAUUCUAUUGGUGGAUUCGAAUUUUGCAGUCGAAUCUUUGAAUUAUUUGGAGAAGGUAACUUCAUUGUGGAUUAUUAGAGUGGCAUUUAAAUUGAAUAACGUAUUCCAAUUGGUGAAUAUUGAUGAUUUGAUAUUGGAACAUGUUAAAUUCAUGCCAGAAAUUUAUGAUAAUCGAAUUUACAAAUCUCCAUUUGUAUCCUUACGAUUUAUCAAAUAUGUAGUAUUAUUUAGAACUGAAAUUGAUGGAUUUUCAUAUCAAACUGCUUUGAGUAUUGAAUAUUCUGUUAAUGUAUUGAUUUCAUACUCAUCCUUUUCGAAUAAUCAUGUAAAUUCCAAAGAUUCCAAUACGAAUAUACUCCUAGCAAAGGGACUCAAUCAAUUACAUGUUCUAUAUUGUAACUUUUUCAAUAAUAUUGCAGAGUAUGGUUCUGUUUUUGAAAUUACUGGAAUAAGUUCUCUAUUAAUUAGUAUGAAUUCAUUUCACAAUAAUACUAUUGCUAAUAGUGCUUUAUAUUUGGGAAGAUAUGUCGAUACACACUAUAGCUAUGUGAGGAUUCAGAAUUCGAUAUUUACCGAUAACAAAAGUUAUUCGAAGGGAGGUGCACUAACCAUUGACAAGUUAUCCUCAGAACCUAAUUUAAGCAUUGAAGUUUAUGGAUGUUCCUUUUCUGAAAAUAGUGGUGAAUUUGGUGGUGCUAUUCAUUCAUUUUCCAAAUUAUUGGUCACUGGAGGAAUGUUUUAUUCCAAUACAGCAGUUCAACAGGGAGGUGCUAUCUUUGCCAAGGAUGGCCUCUCUCUUAGAAGCACAUAUUUUAUUAAUAAUUCAGUAAUUGAUACAAGUCUAACCUAUUGUACAGAUAAUAAUUGUAUUGGUAGUGGAGGAGCUGUUUCGUUUCUCGUUGAAAAUGGAUCAGAUUCAUCCCUAGUGAUAUUCAGAAGCUCUUUCGAUGGUAACACAGCCACUAGAGGAGGUGGUAUUAGUAUUAGCAGACCCGAUGAGUUGAGUAUUGAAGGUAAUACUUUUAAAGAUUGCAAAGCUGAUUUUGCUGGAGGAGCACUUUUCAUUAGCUCAAUACUUAAUCAAACAUUUUCUAGCUCGCUAAUUGAAAGUAACGAAUUUUCAAAUAAUCAAGGAUUGACUUAUGGGGAUGAUAUGAGUUCAAUAGUUUACACAGUCAAUUGGAAAUACUCAAUUGAUGGAAAACAGUAUAAUUAUUUAGAUUCGAAUGGAAUCAAAAUUUAUCCUGGGCAGGUAUUCUCACUUUUUCCUGAAGCUUUUGACAUUUUUGACCAAUACAUUCCAGUAUUGAAGGAAACAAGUGAAUUAGGCAUCAAAAAUAGUGAUAAAUUCCAAUUAGAAAGACAAGGUUAUUCAUUCGGUAACAUAUUCAUUUCCGUUAUCAAUCAAACAGAUUUUGACUCAACAAAAUUGACAUUGGUGAGCGCGUUUAGUGUUACCAUUUCUGAAAUUCCAAUUAUUGUUGAACCAUGCCCUUCUGAUACAAGUUUAAAGCCAGCCAAUUAUGGAAAAUCUUAUGAUUUCAUUUGUCAGCAAAAGCCAUCCUAUGAUUAUGUUAUUGCUGUGGCUGUAACUCUAACCGUACUCACAUUAUCAUUCUCUGUGGGAAUGGUAGCAGUUUGUACCUAUUUAUGUGUUAAAAUAACUCGAAAAGUUAAUUAUUGGGUUAAAAGAGAUAAAGCAGAAAAGGACAUUGAGAAGAGAUUGUUGGAAAACGAAAUAACCUACAUGGAGGAUCAUUCUCUACAAACUGUCAACAGUACAGGAUCUGGUAAGAGACAACAAGUGUCCUUCAUCAUUAGUAUCGAUCAGAUAUUUCCAGAAAAGAAGAUUGGAGAAGGUGGAUCAGGAGUUGUCUAUUUGGGAAAGUGGCAUCACCAUCCUGUUGCUAUCAAAUGUUUGAAAAUUGAAGACACUGCCAAUUCUGAUGAAAUUGAAAAGGAAGCUGCAAUGUUAUGUCGAUUGAGACAUCCUAAUAUUGUGCUAUUUUAUGGUGUUUCACUAACACAACACAAGCAAUACCUCGUAGUUGAAUAUUUGGAAAGAGGAAGCUUGGAAAAGUAUAUUCAAGAUAUGAAACGUCAAGAAAUAUCAGUAACCUUCUCUGAAAAGUUGAAACUCUUAAUUGACAUUGCAUGUGGAAUGGUUUAUUUACACAGUUUGAAAAUAAUUCAUAGGUAA